GCAAUUUUUAAAAGUGGGUGGGUCUGACAAUUUAAGCAAUGAAUAUUAAAGGGAAGUACUGUUUGUAUGAUGGCUUGGCUUCUGCCUUUCAAGCAGGUGUGGCCAGACAUCUUCCCUUCAUAUAUUUGUAUAAAGGCAGAUUCUUUUUUAAUACCGUUCAGCUUUCUUCGUUCACUUUGAGUCAGAGCACAGACACCUGCUGCUGAGCCAUGGACACUGUGCAGCAUGUCUUCAGAGGCACUUUUGUACAUUCAACCCAGACAUGUCCAAUGGAGGUCCUAGAAAACCAUAUACUGGGGGUUGGCAGCACUGGAAAAAUUUUAUUUAUAGAACAUGCUGAAAAGGAAGCGCAAUUGGCUCUGAAGUGGAAAUUUGAUGAGAGCAAAAUUGAAGACCUUGGCAAGAAUGAGUUCUUCAUGCCUGGAAUGAUAGACACUCACAUUCAUGCCCCUCAGUACUCAUUCAUAGGAUCAGGAAUGGACCGACCACUUCUGCAGUGGUUAGAACACAUUACGUUCCCAACAGAAGAAAAGUUCUCUGAUCUAGAUCUUGCUAGCAACAUUUAUGAAACAGUUGUGCGAAGAACACUGAAAAAUGGCACAACAACAGCUUGCUACUUUGCAACAAUUCACACAGAUGCUUCUCUUGUGCUGGCCGAUAUUGCAGAUCGCUAUGGUCAAAGAGCAUUUAUUGGAAAAGUAUGCAUGGAUAGCAAUACAGCAUACCCAGAAUAUAUUGAAAGUACAGAAGAGUCCAUUGCAGAAACACAAAGAUUUGUUGAAGCAAUGCAAAAUAUGAAGUAUGACAGGGUUAAGCCUAUAAUCACGCCUCGCUUUGCAGUCUCUUGCAGUGAAAGAUUGCUGUGUGAACUUGGUAGGCUUGCAGACAGUUAUGGGCUUCACAUUCAGAGCCAUAUAAGUGAGUCUGUGGCAGAGAUUCAAGAGGUGCUGAAUUUAUUCCCUGAAUACAAUAAUUACACUGAAGUGUACAGUAAAAACAAAUUAUUGACAAACAUGACAGUGAUGGCUCAUGGCUGCUAUCUCACAGAUGAAGAACUGCAUUUGUUUAGAAGCAAUGGAUCUGCAAUAUCACAUUGCCCCAAUUCAAACAUUUCGUUGUGCAGUGGUCAUCUUGAUGUCAGCAAUGUAAUAAAACAGAAAGUUAAAGUGGGUCUUGGAACAGAUAUAGCAGGAGGUUACUCAAUCUCCAUGCUUGAUGCUAUUCGCAAAGCAAUAGAAACAUCAAAAAUUUUAUUCAUGGAACGAGAGAAGAGACGAAAAGAAAGCAAGACAAUACACAAUCACCUCCAAGAGGAGAAUGGCAUGCUACCAGAGAAAGAAUGCAACUGCAGAAUAAAAAACAAUGGAAAAAAAGUAUUAAGUGAUCAGGAAGCAUUCCGACUUGCAACCCUUGGAGGAAGUCAAGCUUUGAAUAUUGACCACAUAACUGGAAACUUUGAAAUUAACAAGGAAUUUGAUGCCUUGCUAAUCAGUCCUGAAAUCCACAACAGCCCAUUUGAUGUGUUUUCUCAAUUCUCCAAGGAGGACAUGGUUCAGAGGUUUUUGUAUUUAGGUGAUGACCGUAACAUCAAAGCAGUGUAUGUCGCAGGAAGACGCGUGGUACCUUUCCAGAACAAUUCAUGAUUUCACAAUACUUAUUUUUUAAAGGACCGCAUUAUAACAUAUGUUAAUUAUGUCAUAAUGUAACAUCAUGAUAAUAAAUGUAUAAGCAAUCAUGUUAAUAAUACUACCAAUAUUACCAACAAUCUUUUCUCCCAGAACAAGGCCAACUGAAUAUCCAUUAUUAAACUUUACUACUUUACUAA